AUGACUUCUCUGCAAGGUACACUUGAAGGCGUUGUCCUGCUCACGAGGCAUGGAGACCGCACACGCUUCUACCAGAACCCUGAAGCUGGCUAUGCAGGCACAAACACGCACAUCACACCCCUCGGUGAAGCUCAAACUUACAACACGGGCCAGUACAUACGCUCACGCUAUAUUGAUGCAAAAAGCUCGAGCCAGAUCACUGGUAUCUCAGUCGAUACAAUUGACCUCGCUCAAUUGACGGUGACGUGUGAUGCAGCGACUGAGGCGAAUGUUAUUGUCCUUUCUGCCUAUUCCAUGUGGCAGGGCAUCUAUCCGGCAUCGCCUCUAUCCAAUGUGACCUUGGCCAAUGGAACGCUUGUCACAUCUCCUCUGGGUGGACAGCAGUAUGUUCCCAUGGAGACUGUUGAGUUUGAGCAAUCGCCUCUUCUCGAGGCCUUUGCCAGUUGUCCCGCGUACACGGCCAACCUGAAUGCCUUUUACAACAGUGCAGAAUACACGGCCAAGUCUGCACUUGAAAAGCCCUUUCGAGACUCGCUCACGACAAUUGUCGAUGGGCGCAACACGACACUCAAAGACAUGUACAACGUGUAUGAUUUCAUCAAUGUCAAUCAGAUAUACAACGCCACUUUCAAGCAGGAAUUGGAUAAUUCAACACUGGCAAAGGCAUCUGAUCUUGCGAAUUGGCUCUCCUAUCGUGUCUUCACAGGUUCAAGUAUUUCAAGCAUUGGCAAUGUCGCCGGUCGCGGAAUGAUGUCGCAGAUCAUCGAGGCCAUGGCGGAUAUUGCAGACACGACGACGCCUCGCAAGAUUAAGCACUACUCGCUCAGCUACAAACCCUUCCUCUCCCUCUUCAACAUGACUGGUGCCGCUCAAUCAGCACCUGAGCUACAGGCAGUACCGGCGUAUAGCAGCAUGGCGGCGUUUGAGCUUCGCAACAUUUCGUCAGAACUCUUCAUCAAUUUGGUCUUUCGCAAUGGUUCUGAUGCAGGGACACAAGCAGUCUCCUAUCCAAUCUUGGGACAGCAACAAAUCAAGAUGUCGGAAUUCAUCGCAACCUUCAACAGCUCUGCCAUACAUUCAACACUCGAGUGGUGUAAGCAUCAAUGGCUGCGAUAG